GCCACCGACCACAGUUUAAAAGCAACCUCCGUCAUGAUCGCGUCAGCUGGCUCCUAGCUGCCCCACCAUUUCCUCUUCGUCUUCCUCUUCUUCGCGUCCGCUGCUUCUUCUUCGGGAACGAGCCGACCGCACGCGCGUCGAACGGCGGCUCCGUUCACCGCGAUCACGAGAACCUCGAUCAAGCCCGCGGUGGGAGAUGCGCCACGUUCCUCGUCCGGGUGCGGAGCGUGAAAUCGACCGGUGGAAGAGGCCGUUGGACCACCACGAAUAAAGAAGAAAGGCGGUGGAUGGUUCCCGGAUCGAGCGGAGUUUCUCCCGGUGUCGAUUGGCGGAUCGGUAAUGGGCCCGGUCGGCCUGCGCGAGUGCAUCGUCGCGCGACGCGGGUGUUGAUCGACCAGUUAUGAGGGAGAGGCGAUCGCCAAGGGAAUAAUCGAUGUUUCGGCGCCGGCUCGGCGAUGAUCAUCUGACGCGUUUUGUAACGUGCGUGUGCGCGGCCCUCUCGAGCGCGUUCUCUCUCGCGGAGAUCGUUACGAUGAGCGCCAGGCGAAGAGUGUUCAACGCCCUUGACGGGCUCAUUAAGUGUGAUCGUGCGAUCGUAUGCUCGGUGUUCUUGUGGUAUCUCGCACUCCUGCCGUGCACCGUCGAGGCCGCCGCGCCGCAGCCAGGGAUAUGCGCCAUGGACGGCUGCAACUGCACCGUCCAGGCGCACCGUUGGAUUAACGUCAAGUGUGUCUUCUCCAAAGAGCAGAACGUGGAGUUGCUGGAAGGAACCAUCCCGCCGGAGGCGACGGACCUUGAGGUCUCUCACUGCCGAGAGCUGAGAAUACAAACCGGCGCGUUCGGGAGCGGCACGCCCUUAAAACGCGUCCACGUCUCCGGGAUCUACAGUGUGGUGGCCAAGCGGCAGGCCUUUCAGAAUCUAAGCGCUCCCAACACGCAUCUCGAGGUAUCGGAGUGCAACAGCGUGUUCCUCGAGAGCCACGCCUUCAGGAACUCGCGCGGCACCCUGAGCGUCUCGAUAUCGCGAUGCAAACACGUCGAGAUCAAACCGAGCGCCUUCUCCUGGCUGUUACGGCUCACGGUGAAGGAAGUACCGUCCUUGGAGCUCUCCAGCAACGCCUUCAAGUUCGAGGCGCCUCAACACGGACGGCACGGACCAGCGACCAAGAUAAUGUUCCAAAGCGUGAGGAUCGCGGAGCUACCCAAGGCGGUGUUUCCCUCGAACGUCGCGGAAAUUCGAAUGGACGACAUCUCGACGAAGGUCAUACGCAAGGACGCUUUCUGCGCGAUGACCAUUUCGAGCGUGGUCAUCAGCAACGCGUCCAUCCACGAGAUUCAGUCGGGAGCCUUCAGCGACAGGGCCCUCAUCAGCAGUCUCGAGUUCGUCGACGUGGAGCUUAGAAAUAUCAACACGGCGGCCUUUCGAGCCAGCCACAACAAUCUGACGAUCCAAUAUUCAAGAUUGUCCGAGGUGGAGAGCGGCGCCAUCAACACGUCGGCGGCGAUCGUCACCUUCAGCAAGAACGACUUCCAGCACUUGCGGCCGGGCUCGAUCAUGCUGCACCAGUGGAACCACAUCGCGAUCGACCAGAACGUCUUCAUGGAGCUGGAGGGCGACGCCAUCAAGGCGGAGGUCAGCAGCACUUCCGCCCCGAAUUUCGAGUUCUCCUUCACGGGCAAUCACAUACACAAAGCGGGGCCGGGCUCGCUGAAAUUCGCGGCGAUCUCGCAGAACGUCAACUCGGCCCACGUCGGCAACAAUUAUUUCAAGGAGAAAUGCCACUGCAACCUCGAGGAUUGGAUGCGCGAGGUGACGGGGCGCAACAGCUCGGUCAGCUGGAUGAUGGACUCCAGCUUCUGCGUGGUCGACCAGUUCUUCAACCAGUGCCUGAACCUGCCGCAGGGUUACAUGGCCAUGCGGAAUUUCACGCAGCUGAUUUGCACGCAGCGGGACCACGUGAACUGCGAGAAACCGUCGCCGAAGCCGGAGCCGAGCGUCAGCCCGCCCAACGUGGGCCCGCACGUGUACCCCCGGCAAAAGAGCUUCUUCGACAUGGAGAUGAGCGAGACGGAGCAGUUGGAGCGCGAGAAGAGGAUCAUCGUGAUCGUCUGCGUGGUCGCGGUCUUCAUCGUCGUCGUCGCGAUCCUAGCCUCGGGGAUCCUCUACAUGCGCCGGCGCGGCGUAUGCCCGAAACUCACCUCCGUACAGCUGAUCAACUUGACGAGUUGGUUCUCGUCCAGCAACGGCAUGACCGCCGCGACCUCCGCCAGGUCGAUCUCCAGGCUGAGCGUCCACGAAUACGCCGGCCUCCAGCCGGAGACCAGAAUCCUAGAAGUGGAGCCUCAGCCGGGAGAUACGGAGGACGACGACGAGGACGGCGACGUCUACCCCUACACGGAGAACAAGGCGACGCAGACGUUGCCGGAGGAGCUGACGGAGGAGUACCUGAGAGAUCUCCGGGAGAGGCUGAACGACCCGGACGACUACAGUCAGGCGAGGGACAUGAUCGAACAUCUCUACGACCUGAUCAAGGUCGAGGAGAGCUGCAACAACAACAACGACCGGCAGCCGGUGGACGAUCAGGAGGAGAACGCGUACGACAUCAUCCGGCCGAGGAUCAGGAGAGCUCGCGGCCCACCGAGGCCCUCCGUCACCGUCGGCACGAAAGCCCCGUCCUUGGAGAAACUCCUGCCGAACGGCAUCCAGGUGAGACCGCCCAUCACGGAGUACGCGCAGCCCCGUGACCAACGAACCAGCGAUCAGAACCACCUUUACGCCGAAUUGCCGGGCGACGAGACGGUGCCGAGCACCAGUCGGCUCUCACAGCCCAUCCUGGAGAGCUUGAUGGGCCGGGCGCCGCAGCCGUUACCGCCGGACGUGGUGAACGAUCACCUGGUGGCCGACGAGCGCGCCCAGAGCCCGCGGCUGGAGCCCGGCAGGAAUCACCAGACCAGGCCGAUGAGCUUCCUCAAGGUGCUCGGCGAGAGUAUCCGGGGCGCGACGAGCAAGAUGAACGGCGGCAAGAGGCCGAAUUCCCUGCUCUGCGAGUACGCCGAGCCGUCCGACGCCACCGCCCACUUGUACUCGGAGCUGCCGGAGCCGCAGGCCUCCACCAGUAAGAUGGCGAACAGGCCGUUACCAACGAAACCCGAUCAGGAUCCCGUCGCCGCGAGCGCGGCGAAGGCGUAGCCCGGCCAGGUGUCCGUUUAUCUGUGAUAUACAAGUGUAGUGUACCGCGAGAACGGCGUUCUUUCUCGCUCUCUCGCCGCGAAGACGGGAGAGGAACUCCACCGGUGUACGUGUGUGCGUGUAAGCGCGAGUCUCGCCGAGAGAGAGAGAGAGAGAGAGAGCAGUCUGUGUGCCGCGACAGAGCGGGAGAAACACGUCGGAAAUUAGUGCAAUUCACGCAAGUACACGAGUCUCGGCCGGAUAGAUAGGUGCGCGCGUCGGGGACGAAGUGUCCUUACUUUCGAACCGCGUAUGAAUGAGGCCUCGUUAGAACAAUCGCGUCGCCUGCCUUACGAUUUCGUUUCGAAAGGGGAGCAGAAGUCGCGGCCAAUCGACCAAAGCUACGCUUAAUUGCGAAAGUGGUGGCAAUGAGGGUGUCGAAAUUACCGGGUCUCACCGCGCUAUUCACUGGCUGUUGCAUUAUUCGCGCUCGGGACGGGCUCUGACGAGAACCUCAUCGUAGCGUCCUGUAUUAGGGAAUCCCGCUUCGUUCGGCGCGAGAGAAAGAAAAUCGACGGAUCUUUAUUUAUAAUUAUAUCCCCGACAAAUGGAUGUAACAUAAAUUUAUAUAAAUAUAUAUUAUAUAUAUGUAUGUAUGUAUACUCGCUUCGUCAGGUAUUAUUAAAUAAGCAUCUUACAGCUCACGUAUCCGAAACAUUAAUCGAGAUCAACAGCGAAGCCCGCUUCAACGAGAGUCCGACUCGUUUCCCAAGCGAGAUAAAAUUCGACGAAACGCACCGGUGAAGUUUACCGAAGAAGGUUUACGAGAGUGAGUUAUGCCCUCCCCUCCCCUCUCUCGUUCCUCAUGCACGCACAUACACACGAUCGCCGAUCCAUUACCGAAUUGUUUCGGGCAAAUACGAAGAGCGCGUACAGAGAAGGCUCCCCGUGUAUACGGGAUAUUUCCCUACGUUUCCACGAUCAAUCCGCUUAAAUGGGUAAUAAAACACCACGACGCGGAUCCAACGAUUAGAUCUCCAUCCGGCCCUCUCUCUCUCUCUCUCACGAACAAAGUAUCGCGCUGCAGAUAACCGCGACGCGCUGUCCGUCCAUGGAGCCGCGUUCCAAUGCGAGCGGGUACUUAUUCGUAAGUUCACCACCGCGCUACGAAGCGUUCAUCGAUUUCCCCUAUCUAAAUCUCACGUUCGAAGUGCAACGCGCGCCCUCGCCCGUCGUUGUCUUAUCGCAAGGAAUUUUACGAUUCAAAUAGUCCCCUCUAGACGCGACGUCUCUCUCUAUCUCUCUCUAUCUCUCUCUCUCUCUCUCGCUUCCUUCCCACCCCUUAUCUCCCUCCCGCCGCACAUCGGGAACGGUUUCGGGUUCAAGGGUCGUCACGGGUACUCACCCCCUCUUCUCCCCUUUCCUUUUUCUCCUUUUCCUUUUUAUCAAAUAACGCGCGCGCAGCGCUGCUCCCAUCGUCGGAGGGAGGGAAGCGGCUCCGGGGAGCAGUAGCGGACUCGCGAGGAGCAAACGGAGGAAACGAUUCGCCUCGGCGUCCCCGACGAAAGCCGAGAGAUAUUCUUAAUCUCUCUCGGGGCGCAGUCGGUGUAUAUCCGCGGCGAGACCAAACUAUUCCAUGAAGAAUGUAAGAGGAACAAAUAGAACCGGGCUAGCCGGGGCGGGCUGCGGCGCAGCUGUUGACGUCUAAACGGCCGCCGCUCUCCGCUUCUACGGACGGUAAAACCCGUAGAAAACUCCGGCUCCGUGUCAGGGAGGUGCUACAAAGACGCACGACGAGCGGCGACGGGAAAAAGUCCGACGGAGGAAUCGGUGGACGUAAUAUGUCUCUCCUAGGACGAUCAAUUUCCCUAAUUUCGCUCGGGUCUCGCUCGAGAAAUGCUCCUCUCUCUCUCUCUCUCUCUCUUUCUCUCUCUAUCUAUCUAUCUAUCUCCCUCUUUCUCUUCCUCUCUCAUAUUCUCUUUGUGCCCGACGUGUCUCAACCGAGUUGUAAAUUCGUAGCGGGAAUUCGCGCUCGCCUAGUAAUUCGUAGUCGAUUUUUCCUCAGUGAGAAUUUCAUCUAAGACCUAAUUAUCGCGCUAUUUAACGUCGAAAAUUAAAGCGCCCCGGCAAAUUAAAUGUCAGAAGCGUAAAUGAAUGAUGGGGACCUUGCUCCUCGAUUAAUCCGGGGCCAAAUGUGUUUUCGCGAUAAAAAUUUAAUUUACUGGAAAUUGCCAAGUAAUUUUGCGCUGCUGAGAAAUUAAACAACGCGUUGGCACAACGAACCAAACCGGGGGAGGAAGGGGGAGGGGAGAAUCGACGCAUGUGUCACGUGUUCUCGCUAAAAUAUGAAUUCCAUUUACCGAUAUGUACUUUUCCGAGAAUACUUCGCAUGUAUAUAAAGAGAUACAUAUUUUUUCCUUGUCGCACAUAUUUUCGAGCCCGUUAAAUUAUCUUCGAAUAUAUAUUAACUUACAUCGUGUAGUUACGAGAAAUAAUAAAUGAAUCAUGUCUAAUUCCGGGAUUUACUAAUGUUUCCCUCAAAAUGGCGAAUAUACUAUCGAAGUGUCCCUGUUGAUGUUUGCAUCCGCGUUAUCGCGCCGCUAAUUAUCUCGCGUUGAUAAAACAAGGGAAACGUGUUGCGUGCGAUUAGAAGAACUCGCCAGUCACGUUACGUUACAAUCGAAAGUAGGAGGGAAUAGAGAGGUCAGAAAGGAUUUCGACAUUUUAACGUAAAAGGGGUGGAAACAGAUUGUAUUAAUCGAAGUGUGAAUAUAUGCACGAUAAAUCUGCGCGUUAUCGAACAAUCAUUCCAUCCGGGCAAAGCGCAAAAUAGAAUUUCUUACGUUUCUCCCGCCGAAGUCGCAAUUUUUCGCGCGUUUUAUCACAAGGUACUUCGUCGACAGGUUAAAGAGCGAUACCAAGGCGCGCUAUGCGAAGCUGCUCGCCCUAUCGUGCACCGAUUCGUGGGAUUGUUUAUGGUCGGCCAUUUUUCAGAUAAGAGUGUCAUUUUUCUCGAGACCGGCUGCUCGUCGUGGAAAGUCAAGAGAGACGGCCGAACGAGUUUUCAACUAGAUGCAAUUUGUUGCUCUCUCCUCUACCUUCGAUCUCCGCUCCCGCCAGACAGUGUCCCGCCUCGGAUUUAUGGAUACUUAUAUAUUAUUUAAUUUAUGGCCGGCGUGUAAGUAUACGCCCGUAUCCAUCUCUGAGAAAAUACAAACGUGCCGACAUAUAUCCCGGGAAAUAUAGAUGGAAGCGCCUUCGAAUAUGUAACACUGUGUAAUUUAUCUCCAAACUUGGCGCGUGAAACUGUUACGAGCAAACCCACGCGAGCCUGACGCUCGAUUUGGAGAAAAAAAGUAAUUCCCCGCGCAGUUUGUUUGUAUUAUCUCGUUUGCGUACAUUUGUUUGUGACAUCUUUCGCUCCGCCGUUUGUGUACUUUGAAGUGUAAAAAAUUCAAGGGGUUGAGGGAGUUGGAGAAAGAGUAGGGAAUAUUUGAAAUUGCCUGAUAUCGUUCUCGAAAAAGCAUCGUGUGCUCGUCUGUGCCUUCUCUCACGAAUCAUUUAUAUUUCAAAGCAUUCGAAACUGUUUUCACUUUUUUUUUUAAUCCGUCUAAUUUUGUCAUUUCUUGAAAUAUCUCGUAAGAACUAGAACGGCAUUCGAGGAAACGUCGUUCUUAAUCGCGCCUGUACCUCCUCCUUCAAAUUUCAUUUUAAAGUAUUUCAAAAAAUGACAAAGUUACGACACUUCGGCGGAUUUUGAAAACACUGUAACUCCGAAUACAAAAAUCCAAGACAAGUGAUAUCUAUGGAACACCAAAAUGUGAAGAAACAAUGAACGGUUUCGAUCCCGUUUAAGUCUUCCUCAUUAAUAUCGAGCUCGGCAAAAAUGAUCAAAGAGUACGCUCACAUAGGAUAGAUAUUUACGACUGCCGAGUAUCGAGAAGAUUAAAACAUGAAAUAUAAGAACAGAACAGAAUAUAAGCCAGAACAGAAAUUACAAAUUAUGAGGCAAUAUUUCAAAGAAUAGUAGUAGUGCUGUCAAUUUCGACUACCCAAAUACUCGAGUCUUUCAAUAACUGAGUAUACGAUUAAUUUCAGACGUUACACACAGCAAAAAAAUUACUUGCACUGCGAAGAAAAGCAGUUACUCGGCUAAUUUUUGUCUUCUUUUAAGCAACGGUUAUCUUGAACAAAGAAUAUUUUCUUGUUCAUAUCCGUCGCAAAUAUUAUAUAUUAGAAAAGCUUAUGAUCAUUCAUUCAAAAGAAGAAAUUGCUCUCUCUUUAUUUUUCUCUGUGCACAAAUGAUCGAUUUCUCUAACAGACGACCGUUAAUGAUAACGUCUGAAAUUGUCCGUACACUCGGUUACUCGGAAAGACUCGGCCACCCGGUUAGUCAAAAUUGACAGCGCCAGUUGCAAGCCUCUCUCCGCGCCAGCCGGAAUUCUGCGGUCUCGCCGGCCUGCAAAAAACACAGAGUCCCUCUUGACCAAAGCCGCAGCGCGUUCGGCGGAAUCGUGGACACGGGAGGAAGUCGCGCGAAAAAUGACCGAAAUCGUCGGGACAAAAUCCGCCGGCGAACGAACGGAAUCGACGGUGCGAACGGCGACGCGGCAGGGAGACUUCCGGAAGGCGCGAAUUUUCCGAAAAUCGCCGCUCGAGCGAGCGCGAUAGCGCUCGCAAAAUGCCGCGGAGCGGAAUAGGUGGUGUCCGAGACGGAAGUGAAUGAGAUCACGGCUGUGAUCCAGCGUGCUCACACGGGAGGAACAUAAUCCCGCAGCCAGACCCGGCCCGAGCAGGCGACUCUCUAUCAGGUUUCAUCAGCGAGCCAAUCAUCUCAUCACUCGGAUGGUCGUGCUAGCGUCCGAUUCGCCAUGCUCUAACCCGUUUCUCUGGCCCCUGACCUAAUCCCUGUCGAGAGAUAUACGGAGCGGGAAAAUCGAUCGAGGAAUCGCCGGCGGACAUCUCGCACAACGACUGGGUUAUCGAAGUACCGAAAUCAUGGGGCCGAUCUGGGGGGCUUAGCCUAAGCCGGAGCUUAGAUCGUAAAUGGAUUUUCCAUCGCGCGACUCCGGACCUCCUCCCCCCCUUCUAUCUCGCUCGCUCGCUCGCCCCGUGUCCGGGAAAACAGCUUAUGCGACAUAUAACGUGUCAAACUAUUGUAAUUACCGGCGAAACUGCGCUACAUUAAAGGAGAGAUGGUACCGACACGUGCGACACGGGGAAAAGCGAUUGGAACUCGCGCGCUGAAAGUCCGCAGCGGAACGACCACACAACAGAGACCGAAACGUUCAACUUUCGUUUCUCCACAAGUGUGCGGCCUAAAAUACGCUGGAGUUAAUUAACGCGACGUUUCGCUACGUCGCAACGUACCCCGCGAUCGUUCGAUUCGCCGCGAUCGGACGCCGAGGAAGAGAGAGAGAGAGAGGAAAAAAGGGUUUCCCGUGUCUGUCGAUUAACACGGACAAAUGCGAGCCUGAACGGCCUGAAAAAUAUGCGCAUCAGCCUAUAUCAGCUCUCAGGUGCUCGCGGCGGUUGAAAUGUGAUUUGUACGUUCCGAUAUUACGCCCAUGCGUUACAAUGGCGAGGUAUGGGCACGAAAUAAUAUUGUCCCUUUGAUCGAUCGAAACGAAAUGUUUCGCCCAUGUUUCUAUUUUGCCGCCUGAUGAUAUAUCGGGUGGCGUGCCCUUAAUAUACGCCGUCUGCUUCUUACGAUCCGGUGUGUCACCUGUCGCAACGAUAUUGCAUCCGGAGAUCUAAUGGACCUUUAAACCGAACGUCUUUCUAUAUAAGCUAACCCGUGUCAUCGACCCCACCUCCUCGCGAAAGAGACAUUUCCUCGAACGAGUUGCUCACGGAGGGGAGGAAGCGAGAUGUUCCUUCUUCCUGUUCUUCUUCUUCAGAAAGAAAAAAAAAAAGGAGAAAAGUGUAUUGGGAAAUCUAGGCAAUGCCUGCGUCACGUAUUCACGACUGUCUGUCUCCGACAUCUCCGAACUUGAAAUUUGAAGAACGCGGAAGAUAGUCCCCCUACUCCAAAUGUAACGCAACGGUCGAUUUUUUUUUUUCGUAAAUACACGAGAUGUAACAAUCGAUACGUGAGAAAUAUUUCGCGGAUAAGUAUUCGAUUCUUAUGGAUAAUAAAAUUACGUUCUA